AUGGCAUGUCUAAAAAGUAUAAUAGUUGACAAGAAAGCCUUAAGGGGAGAUAAAAUAGUGGUGCUAACCAAAGAAUGCAGCACCCUAGUUCAGAAGAAGCUGCCUCAGAAGCUCCCAGAUCCCAAAAGCUUUCUGAUUUCCUGUACUAUAGAGACCAUCACCUUUGAGAAGGCACUGUGCGACCUUGGCUAUAGCAUUAAUCUUAUGCCUCUCUCUGUAAUGAGGAAGCUGGGGAUUCAAGAGGUGCAGCCCACCAAGAUCUCACUAGAGAUGGCAGAUAAGUCCCUGAAACGGGCAUAUGGCAUCGUGGAAAACGUCCUUAUAAAGGUUGAAGACCUUUUAUCUCCUUGCGGACUUCGUGAUAUUAGACACUGGGAUAAACAGGGACGACUCCAUCAUCCUUGGAACGCCUUUUCUAGCUACUGCAAAGGCCUUGGUUGA